AUGGUCCCGGGCAAUAUUACUUCUAGGUUUGCACGUAAUCACUCUGUUCCAGUUUUUUUCAUUGUAUCAUUCUGUCUGAUUCUUGCGUUCUCAAAAUUGCCAAAGCAUGGAAGUCGUUUUCUGGUGUACAAGAGUGAAUUUUACAGUACGACGAUUGACUCCUUGAAGCAUUUGAAGGAAAUAAACGAGAAAUUGAUUGGACCUGCCGAGUAUGGAUUGGGUUGUCCAACAAAAUGUGGAUGCCCUCAAACUAGGGUCGAUUGUCCAAGGCAUUACAAUAUUUCCGACAUUGAAGACAGUGCUCGAUUUGAAGUUUCUCCACAGCUUUAUUCGUUCCUAGAAAAGAUGUUGAAUGAUCGUCAUUCAGCAUCUCGUAAGCUUUGCCUUGGACUCAAUGACAGUGUGUCAGGCACAGGCGGAUGGUGUUUACAACCUGGAAAGCUAUGGAGUAUUGUCACUCCUGAAGGAUACGUUAUCCCUGGCCCUACCCGCCAUGUAAAAGCAUCACAGCAAGUGCUUCUAGCUUUGAAACGUUUGAUUCUAACUGAGAAUAUCACGUCACUGUACGAUUUUGGAGCUGGUGUUGGACAAUAUGGAUGUGAGCUUUUGAAAUUCUUUCCCAAACUUGACUAUCAGGCAUUUGACGGUGCUGGCAAUGUACAGGAGUACACCAAUGGCUUUGUCCGAUUUCUAGAUUUGACGAUCCCAUUCAAUCUUCCCAUUAAGGAAUGGGUAGUGUCGUUAGAGGUAGGGGAACACGUCCCAAGUCGUUUUGAGGGUGUUGUAAUACGAAAUCUGCAUCGGCACAAUUGCAAGGGAAUUGUUUUGAGUUGGGCAAUUCUUGGACAGGGUGGUCAUAAUCACAUCAAUAAUCAUGGCAACGACUACAUUGAGGCAAUUUUUAGAGAUCUGAAGUAUUUCAGAGAUUUUCGGAGUGAACGAAUGUUCCGCAAGGCCUCUGACAAUUAUGAUUGGUUUACACGUACAUCCAUGGUUUUUCGAAGACACAAGAGCUCAUGUUGAUAGAAAGCUGAUGAAAUUUUUGUGCUUGAUGUUCUCUGAAGAUAUUCUUACAUGCUUGUAUUUCGUCAGGUUCACAAGUCCAAGGCAUUCAUAUCACAUUCGUUGUGUUACUUACCCCAUUAUACCAUUUAGGUAUGGUCUUUCUAAAACUUAACCAGAGGGGCAGGUUACUGCUGUUCGAUAGGACUUGAAGCUCGCUUCCUGUCACUUGCACAGCACCGUAAUUUCACGCACGAUGGAGCAAAACUUGGUAAUUUUGUGCUAUCCAAAACAU